UCCUACAUGUAUAUGCAUAUGUACAUCUGCACAGGCUUUUGUGGUUUAAAUCAAUCAGUACUAAUAAAUAAUAGUAUGUCAUGAAAGUAUAAUUCUAAAAAACCGAUAAGCGCCUGCGCUAUACACCAUUAACCACAGAAGAAGAAAAAAUAAACAAAAAUAAAAGAAAUAAUCGAAUAUCGCCGUGUGUGACUGCACUGCAAUGGCAAAAAAACCAGCCAGACAAGCUAUUGUGCUUUGUUAUCGCUUUAGUUGUGGUUUCACCACAGCCCCUGCGCACUGUACACGUGUGGGUGAAUAUAUUAGUUUUCUUUGUUAUGUUGUUCGGUCGAUUUUUUUGUGUUGUUUGUUAAAAGUGCUACAAGCAAUUGCCACAUUUAAAUUGGCUUACACAUUUGUAGUCAUUUCACGCGUAAACGUCGGCGAGACCAGGUUGACUGCUUUUACAGUGCAUUAAUUAAUCAAGUGAACAUAUAGAAUAUGAAGGUGUUAACACCGUUAUUGGUGGUACUCGCCUUGAGUGUGCAACGCUCCUGUUCAUCCAGCGAUGAUCUUAUAUACGGCUACGAGUGCCAGAAGAACAGAUGUGUCAAAGUUGAGCUGGAUGCGCAGAACUUCCAGAAAGCCAUAAGUCUGCCAGUGUGCCGUCUGUUUUGUGGCGACAAUGUACCCGGCACAAUUUGGCCACGCCCAAGUGGACUUGUCAAUUUUGAUAGUUACAUGUUAACAAUUGAUCCCGACAGCAUUCAAUUCAGUGUGCCCACUUUAAGCAAACAAGCACACCUUUGGGUUGCAAUCAAAGAACGUUUCAUGCAAAUGCUCUACGCAAGCGUACCGAAUAAGAAUGUACUUAAGAAAGGUGGACGUCAGUUAAUAGUGAACGUGGAAUUGCCAUCAACACUGGCUGAUGUGGUGCCCAAAUUAACUUUAGACACAGACGAAAGCUAUACGCUACAAAUAAGUUCAAGUAAUAAUAGCGCUGCCACGGCUACAAUUUCUGCAAGCAAUUACUUUGGCGCACGUCACGGCCUAGAGACACUAUCUCAAGUAAUUGUAUACGAUGAUAUUAGACGUGAAUUGCAAAUAUUGGCUCGUGCUGAUAUUGACGAUAAGCCAGCUUUCAAGUGGCGCGGUUUGCUUUUAGAUACAUCGCGUAAUUACUUCAGCGUGAAGUCAAUCAAACGAACGCUGGAUGCCAUGGCUACGGUGAAAUUGAACACAUUCCACUGGCACAUUACUGAUUCGCACAGCUUCCCAUUUGAAGUUAAAUCACAGCCUGAUCUGUAUAAGUUGGGCGCAUAUUCACCGCGUAAGGUUUACAGCCAUGAAGAUAUUGCGGAUAUUGUGGAAUAUGGCCGUGUGCGCGGCAUACGCGUGAUGCCUGAAUUCGAUGCACCUGCGCAUGUUGGUGAGGGUUGGCAACAUAAGGAUAUGAUUGCAUGUUUCAAUGCGCAGCCAUGGAAAAAUUACUGCGUGGAGCCACCGUGUGGUCAAUUCGAUCCCACCGUUGAAAAUUUGUAUCCCAUAUUGGAGGAUAUUUAUCGCGAAAUGUUCGAACUCUUCGAUCCGGACGUUUUUCAUAUGGGUGGCGAUGAAGUGUCUGUUAGUUGUUGGAAUAGUAGUAAACGCAUACAAGACUGGAUGCUACAAAAGGGUUGGGGCUUAAACGAGUCUGAUUUUAUACGACUUUGGGGACAUUUUCAAACAGAGGCGCUAAAACGCGUCGAUGCAGUUGCACCUUCACAACAACCAACCAUUACACUGUGGACUAGUCAUCUCACUGAUGUGCCAUAUAUCGAUGAGUACUUGGAUAAAGAACGCUACAACAUACAAAUAUGGACAACCGGUAGUGACAGCAAAAUUAAAGAUAUCUUAAAACGUGGUUAUCGCAUUAUAAUAUCAAACUAUGAUGCGCUAUAUUUCGAUUGUGGCGGGCCGGGAUGGGUGACUGACGGCAAUAACUGGUGUUCACCUUACAUUGGCUGGCAGAAAGUGUAUGACAACAAUUUGGACAACAUUGCUGGCGAGUACAAGUCUCAAGUCAUGGGCGCAGAAGCAGCUGUUUGGUCGGAACAAAUUGAUGAAUAUACUUUGGAUUCACGUUUCUGGCCCCGUGCCAGCGCUUUGGCGGAGCGUUUGUGGUCGAAUCCAAAGCAAACGUGGCGUUCAGCAGAGGCGCGUAUGUUGUAUCAUCGCGAACGGUUGACAGAAAUCGGCAUUGGUGCGGAAUCAAUGCAACCAGAGUGGUGUUUGCAGAACGACAACCAAUGUCCCGUAAAUGCGUACAAUGAAAAAUUUUAAAGCUGAUAGCAAUAGGUUUCGCGCUUGUGAGCGUGACCGUGAUCAUAGUGUUAUUAGGUUUUUUCGGUAUAGCGUAUUCAACAACAAAUCGGAGUGAUUUCGGUGAAAUGUCAACAUUUCGCAUGCAUAAAAGAGUAUCUAAAAGGUUCAAAGAACAAAAAAUCUGCGAAAAUUCGUCCGUUUCAUAAGCAAUUAUUUAUUUUGUAUGCAUUCUCUAGUAAAUUUUUUAAAAUAUAAUACAUAGUUUAUGCCUUUUAUCACCGAAUGUCAUUAAAUAUUCUAUAACAAACAAUCCUAUUAUGUGUAUUUGCAAAGUGUAUUCAACAAAGUGAACUAAGUAUUUGGCAUACCCGCUUUUGACAAUAAAAUAGUAAACAAUACAUGUAUUUGUUUACAUUAACCCGUCUUUUUUAACUUUAACAAUAUAAUAUAUAUUGAUAAAAUUGUUUGCAAUUUGUCAGUUGGAGCACAAAACCUUAGUAAAUUGCUUCCAUGAGUUGUUUUGCCUAAGCAGAAAGUAUUCGGCAUUUUCUUUUAUUCAUUUAAAAAAUAUUUUUUUUUGGUUUGAAAUUUGUUUACUUUUGAAUUUCAAAAUUUGAAUUUUUGAAUAAAUGUAUGGGUUAAAUCAUUGGCAACAAACAUGUCACAUUCGGGUAAAAAAUUGUGAUAUGUCAUAUACCUGGUUCACUUUGUUGAAUACACUUUGUGUAUUUGUAACUGUAAUAUAUCUUGAAAUGUAUAUGUACUUUGGAAUUGAUAAUAAAAAAUACUUUUUUUUGCAUAUAAAUGUUAAAC